AUGUUUUCUGGAGAAGGGAAGGUUUCAUGCCUCCGCCGGCCUCGGGUGGAUUUUCAGGUGAAGCCUCGCGGAAAAUGGACCCGGGAAACGGCGUCUUUUGUAACCCAGAUGUACUUGACCGUAAACUGCUCUUCUUGGAAGGAAACGGGUCACUUUGGAGUGACCCAGAAGCAAAGGGGCACUGACGGUCAGAGGACACAUCGAAGCCUUUGUUGGGAGAGUGCUGCAGAGAGAAAAUCGAGCUCCACCAAGGAAUCUCUGUCAUCGCAAAACACAACAUUGAUUUCACCAGUAGUGAUUUCACAGAUGAUUGAUGAGAAUAAAUCAACAGAAAAUUGGCUGGCUUCGUCUAUGCAGUCUAUGAUCCCCCAGCCCCAUGCUCAUCACACAAAGCAAUCUUUGGCUCGCCGUGGUUCCGUCGACAUUAACAGAGCAUUUAAGGCACCUCCCAGCAGAUUAGAAAUUCAGUCCUCUUUAGGUGACACCACUUCUCCAUUGGACUCUUCCGUCUCAGAGGAAAACCAGCAUCAAAAGAAAGGGUUUGCCUUCAUAACCGUUACGGCCAGACGUGUUGCCGCAGGCUCCGGCGACCCAGCGCAUGGACCUGGUGCUGUGCAAGAGGCCGAUGUGGCGUCCCCCGCCUCGAGCAAGGUGCCUACUGCCCUCUGUCACUGGCCUCCACCAGACCACGCAAACCAACACCUCUCUCCCUUGAAGAGUUAUUCCGAGUCUUUCUCACCAUUAGGUCAAGAGCCCCCAAAGCGACUUUUUGACCCUGGGAACAAGGAGAGCAGCGUGGGUCUUGGUAAAAGUGAUGGGAGGGAGAAAGUACCACCUUCAUUCACCUCACGUGUCCACCUUCAGGUUUCUCAGCAAUGUCCACACACUAUCUAUUAUUUAGACAAGUCACUCAGUGUGUGCCUUGACCAACCUCAAAUUAAACGCCAAAAAAUUCAUAGAUCAGCGUUGUCCUUCAAAAUAAAUUGCAGUUCGUCUAGAUUAACAGCAGAUGGAGUAGAUGGCAUAGCUAAUGGAGAGCCAAUAGAGGAGAUAUUUCAAACAAAGCUCCUAGGAAAAAACAAGACUCCACUCACAUCAAACUUGAGUGCAGACGUAACAGAAAAUAAUAUAAUUAAUAAAUGGAAAACCUAUGAAGGCUAUUUGGGUAGUAAAUACCCUUUGCAAAGUGUCUUUGUCUCUGAACUUCCAGCAUCUGUGGGUAUACCCAGAGGACCUAAUAAUGUAGCAACAACAAAAAAGGACAAAGAGAAGCAGUCUGGCGGCUAUCAUAUGACAUUUUCUCUCCAACUUCCUAAUUCAAGUGAUGAGGCAGGCACACAAAUGCUGUUGGGAAGCAAGAGGAAGCAAUGCACCACAGGCAGGAGCAGCACGAUGGCCUCUGGCUCUCUCCCAGACACAGCAUCCGGAAAGGCGAUCGCCGCUGCUACGGAUGGCUCCUUGAUAAGGAGAGAUCCCUCCAAAUGCACCCCCAAAUCCAAAGAGAUCCAAGCACAGGGCACCCUGAAACCAAACACAUCUGUCUCCAGUACCAUGUGCAAUAGAAAAGCUUUGUCGAGAAUCCUCUCAGAAGAAAAUAUUCACAGGCAAAAACAGCUCCUAAAAAGUGAUUUUGAAUUCUGUGGUUCAAGUGACAAAAAGAAGGAGGGCGAGGAGGAGGACACGUGGGCGCGAGCCAGCAGGAUAAGGCCAUUCCUGCCAGAUGCUUCUCGUGAGAACGACGACACUCGUGCCUGGCCCGAGAAAAUUCCACCAGCCCUCCUGACGCUGCGGGAAGCCCUAGAAAUCCAUAACCCUCAGUUCAUCUCUCGUUCAAAAGAAAGGCUGAAAAGACUUGAAGAUAUGGUCCAGCUGAGGAAAGCCCAGCAGAACGACGCUCCUGCAAGCAACCAAGGAGCACUUCUUGAUCGCAGGCUUUCCUCAGCAUCCACCUCAAGCAAAAAAAGGCAAUACACCAUUCCUCACCCGCUCAGCGACAACCUCUUCAGACCAAAGGAAAGAUUCAUUCCGGAGAAGGAGAUGCAUAUGAGAUCGAAAAGGAUUUAUGACAAUUUACCCGAAGUAAAAAAGAGACAAGAAGAGAAACAGAAACGGAUCAUCAUCCAGAGCAACAGGCUGCGCGUCGAGAUCUUUAAAAAGCAAUUACUGGACCGGCUCCUUCAAAGAAACACAGAGUGACAAAGGAUUCUCUUGCCCAUCGUCCUAAUUGGAUCUUGAAUGCCUUUGACUGCUAGAUAAGCCAUAAAAUUUACUGUUAUCUCAAAUGCCUGGAGGCAUUUUUCUUAUCUUUGGCUUUUUAUAUAAAGGAAGAUCGUUUAUAUUUCAAUUGAAAUUUUACGGCAACUUUCAAGUAAUCAAAAACAGUCUAAACAGGAACACAGCUGUUUCAGAGCAUCACCUUUUGGGGCAGUUUACCCAGAGGAAAUAAUUUUCAGGAUUUUUAAUGCAAAUGCUGAAUUACAGCGGUAUUAUUUAUCUUAACCUUUUAAAAACUAUAUGUGUCUCUAGCAAUAGAACUGGGUUUAUAAGAUUUGGAAAACCUAUUUCUCCAAAGUGUUCUAUUAAUUGAUUUCCUGUGGGUUAAAUCCUUGAAGUAAAGAAAAAUGAAUAUCGUUAUUUGUUAUGUUUAGAAUCUAGCUGAAAUAGCAUUACCACAUAAUCAUAGCAGCAGCAGUUUCACAUUAAUACUUAACAUACCAAAAGGGACCAAUAUUUUAGCUCUCUGAAGAACUCUAUUCCUGUUUAUAUAGUGAAUCUACAUAGCAAGUUUACCUGUUAAUGAGCAAUAUUUAAAAAUUUGACUGUAACAGUGUUUUUUUGUGUUUUUCAUUGUAAUAUAUAUUUUACUCCACUUCUGUGAGCAUUAAGUAUUUAUAGAAAUGGCAUGCUAAGAAGUGGUGCCAAGAAGUAUGUUUGCAUCAAAACUGCAAAACUAAAACCAUCUGUAAUGUUUCCUCCGAAAAUAUUUAAAUCUUUAUUUGUACAUUUUGGAAGUAAAAACAAGCAGCUUACAAACCAACGGACUUUAUUUAUGGAAUAAAAUAUGAAU